AUGGGGAAAGGCAAAACUCUCAAUCCAGCAGAUGCAUUUCGGAAAGCGCAGAGGAAGAAGGAACUCAAAAAGAAUAAAACAGAGCGUUCGAAAGCCAGAGAUUUCGCGCUAGUGAAAAAAGAUACUUCAGACCUCCAGGAUGAAAUCGAAAGGCUUGAAGCGCUAGAGAAGCCAUCUGCUGACGAGGCAAGCCGUCUGAAAAGCCUCAAAGCAGAACUGGAGAACAUCAACAACAAAAAGGAAGAAUACGUUAAAGAACACCCAGACCAACGCCGAUUAGUCUUUCGACAGCGACGUGGCAAGAAUGAGGGCGGGAAGUCCGAGGAAGAAAUCGUCUUACCACAGAAGCGCAAUCUCUUCAAGAAAAAUGGUCUUCCUCGACACCCAGAACGAAGCAUAUAUUAUGAUCCAGUCAUGAAUCCGUACGGUGUGGCACCCCCUGGAAUGCCAUAUGCGGAAAGGCCUUUGUUACCGGGUGAAGUAGAUUCUGAAGCAGAAGAAAGUGAGGGUGAGGAUGACGAUAUUGCUAUGCCUGAAGGUCCACCACCAGGAGUUCCUGGCUUCGAGGAGACGGUAAAUGAUGAUGAUGAUAUACCUAUGCCCAAGGGGUUGCCACCAGGAGAAGAACCUGUUGAAGACAAUGAGGACAUACCAUUCCCACCUUCAAGCGAUGCCGAUUCGUCUCCCCUUCCUCCUAGUUUACCUCCGGCCGGAGUUUCUUUAAUACCUCCAGGAUUUCCAACUGGAAUGCCUCCAUUACCACCACCACCACCGCAAGGAUUUCCCGCAGGAGUCCCUCCACCACCUCCAAUAGGAUUUUCUGCUGGUGUUCCGCCCCUUCCACCUGGCUUCCCUGCUGGCUUUCCGCCGCCACCGCCACCCACUGGCGGUUUAUCGACCUUUCCGCCUUUUCCACCUGGUUUUGUCACUCCUCCAUUUCCUCCUACAGGCUUCCGACCGUCGAUGCCACCGCCCCCAGGCUUUUAUCCGCGUCAAAAGUCUGCUUCAGCCAUGCAGGAUCCGCUCUCUUCUAUUCCUCACCAAACUUACCAAGCGCACCGAGCAAGCAAGCUGUCACUACAUCCCUCAUUGCCCGCGAGACCAUCCCUGUCUGGUGCACUUGGCCCUAACGGGCCAUCUUCGUCAGCUACAAUCUCCGCGGAACCCGAACUCAGAGACUUUAAAAAGGAGGCUACCGCCUUUGUACCAACGUCGUUGAAGCGAAAGCGUGCCGCGGCACCACCCAGAGUGAAUGCUGCACCAGGUGUUACAUCUGCCGACGGUGAUGAGGAGGAGGAGAUAUCGGCAGAAGCUGAACCCCCUCGGCCAGACUUGCUAAGCACGAUCCAGAACCAGUUCGGAAUACCGUCAAAGGAAACUCUUGGAAAGAAUAUCAAAGUUGAGGAGGCGAAACUGAAGAAAAAAGAUGAUUAUGACAAGUUUAUGGAUGAAAUUGGAGAUAUCUUGAACCCUUCAUAG